GUCGUGAUGAUAAGGUAUCGGUUACGGCUAGGUACUGAGUGUGGUACUGGUAGGUACAUCAGUCAGUAGAGCCACGCCGCCGCCGUCAUGGAAGACAUCGCUAUGCAGCUGUUCAAACUCGGCGAUCAAGAACACAAGGGCUUCAUAGUUAAGCGCGACAUGCAGAGACUUCGUGCUGAGGUAGAGCUUCCCCCUGAUCAGCUGGAGGCAGUGUUUGAAUCACUCGACUCUUCACACAAUGGCUAUCUCACUUUGGACCAGUUCUUGGCAGGAGUCAGUCAGCUGAGCAGUGAUGGGGAAUCAGACAAGCAGUCGGAAGCUGAGUCAGAUCUGUCCAUUGAGAGAUUGCUCAGCCUUAACGUACUUCACAAGAGUGGAGAGCUGAUGUGCGAGGUGCGUAGUCUGGUAGGACGAGAGGACACAUGGCACCAGCUGUUGGCAGCACUGUUCUCAGACCUCAACCAGCUGCUGCGACAGAUAUCUCAGCUAGAGGACACACUCAAAGCCCGCGACCGCCGUCACCAACAGGAGAUAAGACGAAUUUAUGAGGAACUGGAAAAUCAAGUAUGUGAAGAACGAGAACAACUACAAAACCAGAUUAAGCAGAAGGAGGCAACUCUAAAGACACAGUUCUUUGCAGAACUAGAGGCCAAGGAACAACAGCUUCUGGAAUUGGUGGAACAAAGAGACAAGUUGCAGCAGAGACUUAAUGAGAGAACAUACUCUUCUACAAGCACAUGUCUUGCUCUCCAUUCUAGUCAGGACGAGAGGAGUCAAAGUUCUCAACAUACAGAUGUGGCUGUAGAACAAAGCUAUAGAAGAGCUGAACUGAGAGCUGAGCAAAGCUAUGUGGACGGCUUCAGACAUGCUCAACACCUGGCAGCCAUAGAGGAGGAAGGUCUUGUGAAGCAACUAAGGCUUCUUCAACAAAUGCAAGACACUUUAAGACCAGGCUUGAAGACAGAUAUACAUAAAAACAUUAUUUGUGAUGAUACAUGAUCAAUACUUAUACCUAUUAUACAAUAUUAUACUUAAGAAAUUA